GACGUGUUUUAUGCCACUUCUUUUUCUGUCUCAUUCUGUCCACCACACUUUUAACGUUGUGCGUGAGUGCACAAAGCAAACAUCAGCUGUCAAUCAAACAGCGGGACGACGUCAUCACAGCAGGGGGAAGGUGGAACGAGGCAGGAGAGAAGGAAAGAAGGAGGAAGUGACAUCUUCAUCAUCAUCGCCAUGGAGACGGCGUGACUCAGAGGAGGAAAUGUUUUCCAGAGAAUCCAGCAUGUUUCUCCUCUUCAUCAGGGCCUCGCUUCUUACUCUCCUCCUCCUCCUCUUCCUCCCCCUGGCCCGUUGCGUUGCCUUGACGACAAGCCCCCGCAGGCUCGCGUGCGGACAGGAGGUCCCGAACGCUCUCCUCCGAAACUUGUGGACGCAAAGUCGACUCCUCAUCCAAAGACUUCCUGAAGAAAGACGGCGGUCCAAAAGUUGGCGGCUGCUUCCAAAUUUCUGCACCGGCUGUCCUCAGUGUGUGAUUGGCUGGCUGGAGGUGAGGCAGAUGAUUGACAUCUACCAGCACAGAGUCUUCAACACAGACCUCAUCUCCAGGCUCCUCCCACUGCACUACCUUGACCUCCUGGACCGACUGCAACACACUCUGAUGCACUGUGUUCCUCCCGGCCCACCGUCAAAGUGGAUGAGUGCUAUCAAGAAUGUGGACAAACAACUUCAAAGGGUCAGUUUUGCAUUAGCUGAUAACCUGCUUCUUCGCUCACGGAUGCUAAUGCUAAUGUGCAUGUUUCAUGGGAUCAAUGAGCUCACAGGUAUCAAACUCAAGGCCCGGGGGCCAGAUCUAAAAAUCCGUCUACGCCUGGGCCCAAGGGAAAAAACAACUCAUAGCCAUAGCACACAUCCCUCUUACAUGAGUCAAACAUCAAAGACCACAAAGGACAUUAAAGACAUUAAAAGAGCAGAGCUGAUGCAACCAGCCACUUCUACAAGGAAGAGGAGGAAGGAAGGCGUGAUGAAGGCCGUGACAGAGUUCACCUUCAUCCUAACGUGGAUCAAUGAGCUCAUGCACCGGGUCCACCCGUCUUCAUCGUCUUCGUCCUGUCAGCUUUUUCAGAAUCCUGAAAAGUCGUCGCUCGUCUUCUCUCAGAACCUGCAAGCCGCCAUGUCUCCACAACGCCUGUGUCUACUCAUCCUGAUGGGAACGAUGGGUGUGUUUGCCAAUCACACGGGACAGCAUCCCGACAUCAGGCGAACACUUGAGUCCAUUUCUGACGUGUUGGAGCUGAGGAAGAAAGACAUCGCCGGCGCGCCUCCUUUCAUGGGCAUCAUCAGGACCAUCAACACCUGCCAGAGCCACGAGGUCCUACAGCUGCUGAACGCCACACUGUCCAUGUACGGACGCAUCUUCAACAGCAUCCUGGAGCGCUCGCCCUCCCUGCUGGACCAGGCGCCCCUCGCCAGGCGGGCCCAGCUGAAGCAAGACCUCAUGAAGCUGCAGGGCAAGACCCGGGUGCUCAGGGCACACCUGCAGCACUGCACCGCACCUGGCGCCAGAGAGGCGCUCGACACGCUGAAGACACUCAAGGUGGACGACAUCAAGGUCCAGAAGGCGGCACUGGCCCAGUUCCUGGAGGUCUACAAUACGGCUACUCUGAUUCGCUCACGCAGUCUGACCACGCCCACUGAGGUCCCGCCACUGCCAUGAUUCCUUCCGCCUUGGCUUUGUGUUAAUAUAUUUGUUCU